CACCACUGCCGCGCGGGCAUGGUCACACUGCACAAGCGAGUGAUUUAUAAAUAUUCGAAGAGGCAGGGCGAUAAUUGCAAUUAAAGCAAGGUUGUGAGAUGCCAGCCGAAGUCCAGGCCAGGCUGUGAGUGUUCAGGAUCGGCUGAGAGCAGGAGCGCACCCAUUGCGGGAUUAGCAGGGGAUUACCAGGCAGGACUAGCAGCCUCCGCAGGCAAGCGCAACAACAAAAGAUUCCCGAGAAGUGACGCCAUUUUCAUUGCGAAUAAAGAGCAGGUGGGGCACAGAGUAGAUAUACGCCGUGAAGAGCCACAUAACAGCCGCCGAGAGCACAGCACAGUGGGCAGCCAGGAUGAGCAGCCUGAUAAACUUCCUCAACCCGAAGCUGAAGCCCUCCGUGGAGACCGAUGCCGUCUGCGAGGAUGGCUACACUGCGGCCAAUCUGGUGGCCGACGACGUCGAGCAGCUGGAGCGGGGAUUCAUGUGCUUCGCCGUCUGCAAGCCGCCCAUAGAGAUCGUCUUUGACUUCCCCAAGGCGGUGGACAUGAAGGUCAUCAAGCUGUGGCCCUCCUGCGGAGCCCUACGAUCCACUGCCUUCGAGCUGCACGGACGACACGAUGGCAUUUGGGAACGGGUGGCCUUUGUGCGCGAUCUGGGGCGUGGCGUGGACUCGGUGACCUUCUGCUACCAGAGCGACUACAACUCACGAAGCAGCUCCAACUCGGAGCAGAGCGAGAAGGUGUUCUUCUUCAAGUCCGCCCACAAGAUCUUGGCCAGCACGAACAGCGUCAAGGUUGUGAUCCGGGCCACGGAGAGGUGUCCUCCGGUGCUGAGGAAAGUUCAGAUGUGGGGACUGCCCGCCCGUUCCCUGGACAAAGCCGAUAGGGAGCUGGUCAAGACCAUCUGGAACGAGAUAAGCGAUCCCUACGGCCAGAGGGACGCGACCCAGACGCCCACCGGGCAGAGAUCACCACCGCGGAAUGUUCCAGAGCUCAGGGAGCAGUCGACCCUCUCUAUACCUGAGGAUUUCCUCGACUCCAUCACCUGGGAGCUAAUGAUCUUCCCCACCGUGCUGCCAUCUGGAAAAGUGGUGGACCAGUCCACCAUCGACAAGCACGCCGAGGAGGAGGCCAAGUGGGGUCGCCAGCCCUCGGAUCCGUUCACAGGCCUGGAGUUCAAUGCGCAACGCAAGGCGAUUCUCCACCUGGCGCUAAAAGCGCGCAUCGAGAAGUUCCUCAUGGAGAAUUCGGAGCACUUCAAGGCGGUGCCCCGUUCGCUGGGCACCUCUCGCCAGCGUCGUCGUCACGCCUCGCAGUUCGCCAGCAGCACCUGCCAGCCUGGACAGAUUAGUCCAGCUGCCGGAACCUAUUCGGCACUGAGCAACGCCUACAAGCAGCAGCAGCGUAAGAGCAGGGCCACAGCCACGGCCACAUCCUCAUCGGCGGCAUCCUUCGGCGGAUCUCCGCACUCGCCGCCGGCGGCCAAAAGAGCAAGGCACAGCCAACACGGUAGCGCCUGUGCCACGGUGACCUCGGCCACAACCUCCAUCGACCAGGCCAUUCAGCAGGCGCUGCAGAAGGUGACGCGCUUCAGCCAGUUGCCAUCGAACUCCAGCGCAGGUUCGGGAUCCUCAAGUGCUCCACCCGCCAGCUGCAUCAACUGCCGAAGCGCGCAGUUCGGCUACGAGAUCCGCACCUGUCGACAUCUGGUCUGCCGGGAGUGCCUGGUGCUCCUCUCGCAGGACCAGCAGUGCGUGUGCAAAGUAUUCUUCCGCUGCGCCGACGUCGAGCGCUACCACAAGCUGGAUCCUUAAGAGCUUCCCUGUACAUCUCCCAAUCGACCGCCUUCCGUCGAUUGCCGCAAUGAGUUUGGUUCUCCCCAUCCGGUUCAGUUUGUAAGCCAGUCAAUCGCUUUAGCCCCUAGGCCUCGUCUACGUUAGUUUAUAGUCAUAUCAGAGUCGGUCUGGUCGCAGAAUCGCAAAUCGCAGUUAAGCCAAAUGUGUACACGCGCGAGUCCCUCCCGAUUCGGCAGUAUGUAUCAGUAUCAGGUCACGUUUAGUCAUAGAGCAGAUUACGGAUUACCGAUUAGCAAUAGAGAGUGCGCGCCUAGUUUUUGUAGACACUUUAUAUACAGUCCCCGAAAGACAGGAUCGUUCAGCGCGAGUUUAUAUAUUCAUACCAAUUCUACCUAGAAUAAAGUACAAUAAAACCUAA